UCUAUGCGUGCGGCUACAACAGGCAUUCAUAUACUGGUGAAAAAGCCCAAUACUGAAUAUGUAAUCGUGAUUUAUUUCUUAGAUAUUAUCUGGAGGAUCUCGGAGAACCGGUCCGGAGAUUGCCACCUUACCUUUUUGGACCAACGAUAACGCGGCUACGAUCACGUUCGGUUUUGCAGUGUCCACCUUGUUCCCAUUGUCUAUCAUGGCCCCCUUGCGCCGGUCUCAGCGUUCAGCAACCAAGAGGACCUACAAGAGCAUCGACUCCGAACCGGAAGACGACCACAGCAAAGAUUAUACAGGCAACGCCCCUAUCAAGAAGAAGGCUCGCGUCAAAGAAGUCAGCCAAGACGCGGAAAAUGUCACCCAGGCUGUUCCGAAGCGUCGUCGACUACGUGGACUCCUCCAAAAAGUUGCAGAAACACCUUUGGAUGUACUUUUCGAGAUCUUCUCCAACCUCGACCCCCUCGACCUCCUCCGACUGUCUCGCACCACCAAAGACCUCCGCGCACUUCUCCUUCAACGCACUUCCUCUUUUGUUUGGAAGAGAGCGCGACAAAAUGUUGAAGGGUUGCCACCGUUGCCAGACGAUCUGAGUGAACCAAAGUUUGCUCAUUUGGCCUUUGAUAAAACCUGUAGUAACUGUUUACACCCGACGAAAUUUGUGCAGUGGGAGGCAAGGACCAAAUAUUGCCGAAAAUGUCUGGAGACUUCAGAUCUUUUCGUCACGACGUUCGACCCAUACGGCGAAUUUAGAGGUUUUCUUCCCCGUUUCGAGUUUAGGUGUGCCUCCGGACGACGUCGGUACUACUGUUAUGCCUAUGCGCCAGCUCUCAAAUCUCUGCGCGAGCAAUCCGAUUCUUUCGGCGAGGACAGGAUCAAGCGGAUGGUCUGGAGAGCGGAAAGGGAGAAGGCCUACAAAAAACUGCUUUCUCACGCGCGGCAAUGUGAAAUUUGGACUGAGAGACGUGCAGAAGAUCGUAGCAAUGAGCUUGAAAAUGCUCGUGUCCAGAGGCUUGAAGGAGUCGUUGAACGCUUGACCGCCUUAGGAUGGGACGACGAGGUGAAAAAUCCUGAUUUCAUCGACAAAUUGCGUUCAAAGAAAAGUAUGCGCCAUCCAAGGGCAUUGACUGAACGAGCUUGGUCCAAUAUGUCAGAUGAUAUCAUUGCUCUAGCAAAGUGGCACAAGUCCGAUAGACUAAAGAAGGAGAUGAUUCGCGCAGUUGAAGGAAGGGCCGAUUUGUUUGCAGAUGCCUACUCUGACGUUACGCGAGACGAACCCCUACUUCCUAUCUUCCCUAAAGCGGAGUCGGUAGUGAUCCAGGAACCCUUUUCUACACUUUUCUUCGAUACACCACUAAAUUUGUCUAUCGCCGAUUCACUGCAGGCUAUGUGGGUCCAUCUUCCAGGUGUUGCGUCCAAAUGGCGAGAGGUCCAAACUGCCGAACUCCUGAAACUGAUGCAAGAAGCCGGUCUGAAACUUGACAUCAACCUUGCCACAACCGUCUUCACCUGCACCAAUUGCCGCCAGAUCUUCCAAUAUCCUUAUGUCUUGGCACAUAACUGCUCGUUCUGGCAACCCUAUAAAGAUUUAAAUCCUGAAGACUGGAAGCCCUACGCGUUGAGGUAUAUAUCCUCUGGCGUGGCUUGGUCCGCAACCCUGUUCACGACCAAUGAAGAAUCAAUCAAGAAGGUGGAGUAUCUUAUCAAGACUUGCGGCUUAGACCCAGAAACUGCGACGCAGGAGGAUAUGAACGCUCUAGAUUGCCGUGUAAUAUGCAACCAUUGCAGCAUCAGUAGCAUAGAUGGCUCCAAGUAUAAGUAUGUCAUGCGAUGGCAAAACGCAGCGUGCCAUUUUGGAUACACAAAUGCUAAUGAAAACGGUUGGACGCUCCUCGAGGAUCCUGAAGAGAUCAAGCGAGUCAAAAUUCUCGAAAAGUCAGAGAAGGAGCGUGGGUACCACUGCUAUUCGUCGGAGAAUUUUGCUUGCAGUCACUGUAAUGUUCUGAGGUCUAGAGGUCGUGAUCUGGAGGAUCAUCUGCUUGAAGCGUGAGUGCUCGCGUAGUUACCUGACCUUUUCUGAUCACGUUCAGUCACCUGAUAAGCCAGAUUUCCGCUGACGAUUGGGAGUGGCCCGUAAACACGACGGACUACAGAGGUCGGAGGGGUGUAGUCUUGCAUCUAACUACUGAAGAAAAAUCCGAUGGCCAAAACGGGAGCGAUGGAGUUGUCGAGGAAGUCAAAGGGGACACUGUGGAUGCUGAUGAGACGUUGUCGGAUGUGGCUAUACAGUUAUUU